CCCUCAAACCCUAUCCAAAAAACCUAGUCUUCCCCGCCGUCGCCGUAUCUCUGUCGGUCGGACAGGGGUUUCGAUUUUGUUGCUCCGUCAUGUCGAAUUUCCGGGAACUGAAGAAGACGUUGAAGCGCCCUGAAGGACCAAUCCAGCACUUCAAUGCAGAGGUCGAGAGGGCAAUGGAGGAGAUGGAAGCUGAGGACAAGGAGUUCGCGGAGCUGGAACGAGAGUUUGAUGAGGAACCGAGGAUGCCGCGUGCUCGAAUUGCGGUCGAGAGGUCAAUGGUGGAGAUGGAAGCUGAGGACAGGGAGUUCGCGGAGCUGGAACGAGAGUUCGAGGAGGAAUUCAGGAUGCCGUGGGCUCGAAUUGGAAUCCAGCAUUUUAAUGCAGCGGAGGAAUCCAGGACGCCGCGGGCUCGAAUUGGAUCAAUCCAUCACUUUAACGAAGCGGUCGAGAGGUCAAUGGAGGAGAUGGAAGCCGAGGACAAGGAGUUCGAGGAGCUGCAACGAGAGUUCGAGGAGGAAUUCAGGAUGGAGCGGGCUCGAAUGGGUACUGCUCCGGAAGUAGUGGAUGCUGCAGCUUGGCACGGCAAUGGUGCACCUCGUGCUGCUGGUGGAGGUCUUAGGCGCCCGAGAGACACACAUCCGGAGGCUUAUUGGCAUCAAAGGAGAUGACAGAUUGCUGCUGUUCGGACAAAAUCAAAGAAAGUUAACUCUUAGAAGGACAGUGAUCAACGGUUUGUUGAGCCGAGUUGUUAGAGUCACAAUCAGUUUAUGUCAUAGAACGUUUUCAUAAGAAUUACGGAGGUCACGUUGUUAAGUUGAAACCGAGAUGAGUCGAUUGAGUUAUGUAUUCAAAAGUUUGAUUAGCAUUGAAUAAAAUUUAUGGGAUUCAGCUGAG